AUGUCUACCUUGUUCGAAUCCAUCAAAGAGGACCAUGAAGAGAUGUAUGAGUACCACGACCAAUAUAAACGCGCCUGGGACCGCAGCGACGUGGAUGCGCAGGCGCGGUGGGCUCGGCAAUUGACAUGGGAGAUCGCGCGACACGCCGUCGGCGAGGAGAUCGUCGUGUACCCUCUCAUGGAGCAGCACCUUGGCGAAAAGGGCAAGAAGCUCGCCGACCACGACCGCGAGGAACACCAGUCUGUGAAGGAGAAGCUCUACAAGCUCGAGUCUCUACAACCUGGGAGCUCGGAGUACCACUCGCUCAUCACGACCAUGAUGGAGUCUCUCCAUCACCACAAUGACGACGAAGAGAUCAAGGACCUGCCCAUGCUCGAGCCCAUCAUCGGUGAGCAGGCGAGCAAAGACGCUGCACUGAGCUUCAAGAAGACGAAGAAGCUCGUCCCCACAAGGACACACCCCUCCAUCCCCAACAAGCCUCCAUUCGAGACGCUGCUGGGGCUGCUCGAGGCGCCAAUCGACAAGAUCAAGGACUACUUCGCUUCUUUCCCAACCGCGGACGAGAUGAAAGAAGCCAAGGAAGAGCUCAAGCACCGAGACCAUGACGCUGCUGCUGGCAGGGGGGGCCAAUAG